CCCGAGCGCCAGGCCGCCGGUCGCCGCUCCGCCCGUGGGCCAGGCCGGGGCUGCCGCGAGCUUGCGGGCCGCGCCGGGCAUGUCCUAGGCGGCGGCCCCGCCCAGCGCUCGGCUGGCCGGGCGGGAGGGCCGGGGCCGAGCCGGGGCCGAGCCGCAGGGCCAGGCGGGCCUGCCCAGUGCCAAGAUGAGUGUCACCUCCUGGUUCCUGGUGGGCAGCGGCGGCACGCGGCACCGGCUGCCCCGAGAGCUCAUCUUCGUGGGGCGGGAUGACUGUGAGCUCAUGCUGCAGUCUCGCAGCGUGGACAAGCAGCAUGCUGUCAUCAAUUACGACCAGGACAGGGACCAGCACUGGGUGAAGGACCUGGGCAGCCUAAAUGGGACCUUUGUGAAUGAUGUGCGCAUCCCGGACCAGAAGUAUGUCACGCUGAAGCUCAACGAUGUCAUCCGAUUCGGCUACGAUCCCAACAUGUACGUGCUGGAGCGUGUGCAGCACCGCGUCCCCGAGGAGGCUCUCAGGCACGAGAAGUACACCAGCCAGCUGCAGGUGAGCGUCAAGGGCCUGGCACCCACGGGGGGAACAGCCCCUCCGCAGCACACGCCUUACUGCGAGUCCUCGAGCCCCAGGCUGGAGAGGGGGGACCGGAGGCUGGGAGCAGAGGCAGCGACCUACCGCACACCCCUGUAUGGACAGCCCUCCUGGUGGGGGGAGGAUGAUGGCGGCGACCCGUCUGAGGACCGGCGCCAGGAGGAGCCCUGCACAGAGCGGCCCAAAGAGCUGGUGCAGCAGGAUGGGGAGCUCGCAGGGAUGACGGCCGCCGCCCGGGCCACUGCAGAGUCUCCGGGGUGCGCCUUCCGGCGGGAGCCCAGCUACUUCGAGAUUCCCACAAAGGAUGCCCCCCAGCCCGAGGCACCCCCCCAGGAUGGGGAGCUGGGGAGGGACGGGGCCGCCCCUGUUGUGCAGAGCCACGCCUCCUUCACCAUCGAGUUCGAUGACUGCAGCCCGGGCAAGGUCAAGAUCCGGGACCAUGUCACCAAGUUCUCCCUGCGCCAGCGGCGGCCCCCGGGCAAGGAGGCUGCACCCGUUGAGGUGGUCUCCGCCGAGACCAAGGUGGCCGACUGGCUGGUGCAGAACGACCCCAGCCUGCUGCGCCGGGCUGGCCCUGGAGAUGACCGCCACAGCGCCAAAAGCGACCUGCCUGCCCACACCCGCACCCUCAAGGGCCACAAGCACGAGGAUGGCACACAGAGUGACUCGGAGGACCCCCUGGCCAAGGCAGUGGUGGCUGGGGUGCCUGCGGAGGGCAGUGGGGAGCAGGUGCGGCUGCAGAGGCAGAUCAAGCGGGAUCCCCAGGAGCUGCUGCACAACCAGCAGGCUUUCGUCAUCGAGUUCUUCGACGGGGACACACCCCGCAAGAAACGCUCCCAGUCCUUCACGCACACACCGCCCGGGGACCCCAAGGCCGACAAGCGCAGAGGCCCUGGGCCAGCUGACAGGGACCGCCUGGGGGCCCCAGCUCCGGCCCGUGGCGCGGGCAGCAGCUCGGGGCCUCAGCGGGCCGGCUCCCUGAAGCGGGAGAGGACAGAGGAGCGGCUAGGCAGCCCCUCGCCAGCACCCCGGGCCUCCGCCCGCCCCUUUGGCAGUGUGGGGCGCCGGUCCCGCCUGGCGCAGGACUUUGUGGCCCAGUGCCUGCGGGAGGGACCCCCGGCCACCCGGCCUGGCCCCGAGAAGGUGCCCCCCGUGCUGCCAGCCCCCAUGACACCCCGUGGGGUCAGCCCCGCUGCCCCCUCGACUCCACCACCCCCCUCCGCAGACCCCCAGCUCACCAAGGCGCGCAAACAGGAGGAGGAGGACAGCCUCAGCGACGCGGGCACCUACACCAUCGAGACGGAGGCGCCGGACCAGGAGGUGGAGGAGGCCCGUAGGAUGAUCGACCAGGUCUUUGGGGUACUGGAGUCCUCUGAGCUUUCCAGGGCAUCCUCAGCCACUUUCCGCCCCAUCAUCAGGGGGCACAGAGACGACUCUGGUGACGGGGUGGCCCAGCGGGUGGCCCUGCUACAGGAGUUUGCGUCCCGGCCAGCGGGCAUGGCCCCCCAGGGGGAGCUCCAGCAGGGCCUCCUGGUACCAGGCUCCCCUGGGGGUCAGAAGUGGGUGUCCCGCUGGGCCAGCUUGGCUGACAGCUACUCAGACCCGGGGAUGGCAGAGGAUGGCCCCGGGCGCAGAGCCGGGGAACUGGAGGGGACCCUGCCUGUGCGUCAGCGGCGACUGCUCCCACAGCUGCCCAGUGACAGGGUGGACAACCCCACAGGCCCUGAGGCUGCCAGGAGGAGUGGGUCUGGGCUGCUGGAGCCAGGCAGUGAGCAGGCCAACUGCCUCCUGGGCCAAGAGGACCUGGAGCCUGACAGCCUUAGUGAUGCCAGUGGGUCGGACGGCGGGCGGGGCUCCGAGCCUGGCGGGGGCCGGCAGGAAGAGAGACGCAAGAGCCCCCGGGAGGGACUGGCCUGGACGAAGGGCCUGCACGCGCCCAGGGCCCCUGGAGAACCAGCCCCCACCUCUUUCUUCAUUGGGGACAAGAACAAGGAGUCAGCCCUCCCCAGGGAACCCCCUGUGGCUCCAGGGGGGGUGGAAGGCCUAGGGCAGGGGGUUCAGUGCAGCCCCCCGGCGAGGGACGGCACCUACGUCAGCACCAGUGGGAGGCUGGUCCUCCAGCUGCGGACUGGGCGGCCGCCGGGGCCUGAGGGCCCCACCCAGGCCCCGGCCAAGGAGGCCUCGGCCUUUGUCUGGCAGGAGAGCUUCACCAGGGAGGUGGCCAGCUGCCCCCCAGCGCCCAGCCAGCUCCCGCACAUUUCCAGCCACCCCCUCCUGCAGGACCUGACCACAGCCCGGGCCUCACGCAUGGACCCGCACUCCCAGGACACCCACCUGAUCUUGAAGGAGACAGAGACCGCUCUGGCUGCCCUGGAGGCCCGACUAUUCUCCAAGCCCCCAGAGGAAGUCAAUGGCGAGGCAGGUAGUGCCCCAGGGCCCCUGGAUGACUCCCUGUCUGGGGACUCUGAUGUGGACACGGCCAGCACUCUCAGCCUACUCAGUGGCAAGAAUGGGCCCAGCCCUCCCAGCCCCCAGCCCACAGGGCUGCCAAAGGAGAAGCCGCCGUCCCCUCCAGCAGUACGGGAUGCCGCAGGGGUCACCCCGGGCACUGCCCGGGAGUCUCUCUCAGAGAAGCAGUGUUGUCCUCCGGGCAUGACGGAUAUGGAUCGAGUAGAACCAGUGAAGUGCCUGUCUGUGCAGUGUGGCCACAGGCCCCGAGGUCCCUCAGACUUCCCUGACGAGGAACGAGGCUCUGGCCUUGCCUGGGCAUCUGGUGUAGAUGCCAUCACCUCUGACCACGAGACCUCUGGGGCCAGUGGGACAGGGCGUCCAGGGCCCCGCCAGAAACCCACAGCCCCGCCGCCAUCCCCAGCCGCCCGGGAAGAGCAAAGCCGCGGCUCCGGCAGUGCCCAAAAGGUGCAGCAGGCCCUGACCCGCUCCAACAGCCUGUCCACCCCGCGGCCCACACGAGCCUCCCGGCUGCGGCGGGCCCGGCUGGGGGAUGCCUCGGACACAGAGUCUGCAGAGGGAGAACGGGGGGCCCCAGCCAACCCCGAGCCGGGGGUGCGGCCAGCUGCUGAGCAGGCCAAGAAGCUGUCACGCCUGGACAUCCUGGCCAUGCCCCGGAAGCGGGCUGGCUCCUUCACAGGGCCCAGCGACUCUGAGGUGGCCCCCGCCCGGGCCGGCUUCUCUGGUCGCAGCGUGGAGCUGCAUUGCGCCAGCCGCAAGCCCAGCAUGGCCGAGGCCCGGGCUGUUGCCCGGAAGGCCGCCAACUCUGUCAUGGCCCCCCACCAGCCCUUCAGCAGGGCCCGCCCGGGCAGCGCCCGAUACUCCUCACCCAACGCACGCCGUCGGCAGCAGGGCUCAGACUGCGCGUCCACCUCCGAGGAGGAGUACGGCUCCCACCACGGCUCCCCCAGGCACACGCGCUCCCACGCCUCAGCGGCCACGCAGACCCCCCGGGCGGGCAGCUCCGGCCGGGCCCGGCCUCGGGCCCCUGGCCUCCGGGACACAGACGAGGGGGAGGAAGAGCCCGACCCCUACGCCUUCAUUGUGCAGACGGCCGAGAUCGCCGAGAUCGCCAGGUGGGCGGCGCGGCGUGCGGGGUGCUGCCCCGGGCCGGAGCGCGCUCUGACUCAGGGCUUUCUUCCUUGCUUGUCGGGCAGACGGAUAGUGGGUGGAUGCGUAGAUGAUGGAUGGACAGGUGGGUGAGUGGCUGAUGGAAGAACGCAGACCUGCCUAGGAAGGAGGGGGCCUCUGGUGGGAGGAAGGCCUCCACCAAGAUCUUGAUUAAAGUGACCUCCCUCGUGUGGCCGAUCACUGGGAGUGUCACCCCAGGCCAGGUGCAGGGGAGGAUGGUGGGAGAGUGGCCUGCUGAGCCACAGUCAGGCUGGGUCCAGCCGGGCUUGUGGAGGGGCCAGGAGGAGCCCCGGGACUGGGGGAGUGCAAGCGUUUGGUGCUACAGAUGCCAGUUUGAGCCUGUGAGGCACCUGGAAAGGUGACCGGGGGCAGGCGGCUCCUGGGAGAGUGGCCAGACUGGGGGCGGGGCUUAGGCUUUGCCAGCACAGGGAUGGUGGCUGAGGCUGUGCGGCUGUGCAGGGAGGGUGUGGACAGUGGAAGAAAGGAGGGCCUGGUCGAGCUCAUGGGACG